AUGAAGAAAAUUCAUCAUAACCAUCAUCAUAGAAUCUGGUCAUUCAUAUUAUAUUUAUCAUUAUUAUUAGCUACACAUUUUCUUCAAUUAUCAUCAACGGCCAAUCCAGGUCAAACAACAAAUUGUUGGACACAAAGAGCAAAUUUAAGCCAAAAUGAUUUCGUUCUUGAAUGUACUGAUGAUGGUCAUUUUAAAUCAGUUCAAUGUGACAAUAAAACUGGAUAUUGUUUUUGUGUUGAUCCGAAUACUGGACGACCAAAUACAUUGACAACAACAAAAAAUCGUCAUUUAGAUUGUAAUCAUAUUAUUGAACAACGACAACAACAAAAGCAACAACAACAACAACAUUAUCAACAACAACAACAACAAUCAUCAUCAUAUAAUUCCAGAAGGCAGCCGUUAUUUUCCAAUCCGCUAAAAGAUCCAUCAACACCAUUUCAACCAAUAGCGGCUGCACAAUCACAAUUAAAAUUAAUGAUUGAUGAAUUAACACAAUUGGAAACGAAUCAUCAUCAACAUCAAUCACAAUUACAAUCAUGUGCUGAUUCAAUGUUUGAUUUUUGUGAUCAUAAUCAUGAUCAAAAUAUUACACGUAUAGAAUUUAUUCAUUGUCUUAAUCUAAGAAAUACACAGAUAUUGAAUGAAGAUUAUCUUCAACGACGACGGCAGCAAAGACGUGGUGGUGGUGGUGGUGGUGGUGGUAAUGAUAAUUUAUCGUCGAAAAAUCAAAAUGUAUUCAAUUAUGAUAAUGCAUUCAAUGAUAAUGAUAAUGAUGAUCCAGCAAUGUCAACAUCAUCAAUCGCAUAUGAUGGUCAAGGUUCAUCCAUACGAUUAUUGAUGGAAAUGAAUUCAUCGCAAUCAAAUCAAACCGGAACGGAUCGAUCAGGCAAAGAAUCACGUAAAGAAUCCAGGAAAGAUUGUCAAUUAAUUCGUUCAAAUUCAAUUGAAUCUGCACGUGUUAAUCCAAAUGGAUUAGUAUUCAUACCGGAAUGUACAGCCGAUGGUUAUUAUGUUCGUGUACAAUGUCAUCAUAUGCAUUGUUGGUGUGUUUCAAGGGUUACUGGUCAUACAAUCAAAGCACUCAAUAAAAAUAGUUCAGAAAAUCUAGAAGCAUGUGAUCUAAUGCGUAAAGGUUGUGAUCAACGUCGUCGUAUGAAAUUUCAUAAACAAUUUCGUCAACGUAUAUCCAUUCAUGGAUUUACCUGUGAUAGUAUAUUCGAUCAGAUUGAUAAUGGCCAUGAAUUCGAUAUUGAUGAAAAUGAAUUCAAAUCAUUUAUACGAUUAUGGUCAACAAAAUUAUCGAUAAAUUCACGUUUAAAAAAAUGUUUACGUACUGAAAUACAUUAUUGUGAUCAAAAUGAUGAUGGUCGUUUAACUAAAAAUGAAUGGAUACAAUGUUGUAAUGAUAAUAUAACUGUAACAAAUAUACUCCUAUCAUCAUCAUCGUCAUCAUCAUCAUCAUUGUCAUCAUCAUCAUCGUUGUCCACUGAUCGAUCAUCAAAUUAUCAUCAAUUCAAUGCUGGUCGACGUGAUAGUGGCCUUUAUCCUGGAUCAAAUUUCUUUUCAACCGAAUUUGCUAAAGCUUAUAAUCAGAAAAAAAAUCGACCAAGAUUUGGACAAAAUCCAUUGAAAAUACUCAAUUCUGAAUGAAUGAAUGUUAAUCUUUUUUUUUGUAUUUUAAAUAUAUUUUUUUGUAAAAUAAUAAUCCAAAAUA